GUUGCCUGGCAAAAUUUCCCGCACCUACCCACAGCGAUCCCUCCCGCCGGCGCCAGGUGCCCAGUGCCAACCAACCACCGCCGGCACACCGGCGCACGCGCCGCCGCACGUCGCACACACGCAGUCACACGUGCCACUCCACUCCCGUCUCGUUGUCCAGUUCCACCGCUGAGCCGAGCCGCUGCCCGCACCACAGCUUAAGCACUGACAGCUUGUUCGGCGCAGCACCGCGCGCGGUCUGCUCCUCCAACGCUCCGACCCACCACCUGCCGCGUCCGGAACCAACUCGGCAACUCGCCUCUCCUCCCGCCGCCGCCAGCGCGCGCGGGGGCCCGUGCGGUUCGUCUCAAUCAGAAAGGCGUCCAGCUCACGGCAUCCCCUACGGGCGGAAUUGGGCGUGGCUCGUAAGGCAAGCUUCCCGCAGUACAAGUGUGACUCUGCUCCCAAGCGCGAACGAAGAGGAGUUUGUCUAGCAGCGGGAGCUUUCGGAGUUCAGGGAUGACCGCCGGUGGAACAUUCCAGAACCUUCUGUUCGCGCUCGCACUGUGCCUCGGUCUCGCCCCCUCGGUCGCUAGCAAUGCUUCGAGAAGGUUCUGGAUCGAGAACGACACCUUUCAGAAGGAUGGGGCGCCGUUCCAGAUCGUAGGAGGCGACGUGCACUACUUCCGCAUUGUCCCUGAGUACUGGAAAGAUCGCCUUUUAAGAGCAAAGGCACUAGGCUUGAACACAAUCCAAACAUAUGUACCUUGGAAUUUGCAUGAGCCAGAACCGCAGAGGUGGGAAUUCAAGGGCUUCGCCGAUAUUGAAUCGUAUCUGAGACUCGCUCAAGAACAAGAAAUGCUGGUCAUGCUUCGAGUAGGUCCAUACAUUUGUGGAGAAUGGGAUUUAGGGGGUUUUCCACCUUGGUUGCUCACCAUAGAACCUGCCCUUAAACUGCGAUCAUCAGAUUCGACCUAUCUUUCCUUGGUGGAGAGAUGGUGGGGAGUACUACUUCCAAAAGUGGCACCACUAUUAUACAACAAUGAAGGCCCAGUUAUCAUGGUGCAGAUUGAAAAUGAAUUUGGUUCGUUUGGAGAUGACAAGAAUUACCUUCAUUACCUUGUUGAACUGGCCAGAAGAUAUCUUGGAAAUGACAUUAUUCUUUAUACAACUGAUGGGGGCGCCAUUGGUAAUUUGAAGAAUGGAUCAAUUCCUCAAGAUGAUGUUUUUGCUGCUGUUGAUUUUGAAACUGGAUCCAAUCCAUGGCCAAUAUUCAGAUUACAAAAGCAAUACAACUUGCCAGGAAAAUCAGCCCCUUUAAGUUCGGAAUUUUACACUGGAUGGCUAACACACUGGGGUGAAAGUAUCGCAACAACAGAUGCUACCAGGACGGCUAAGGCCCUUAAAACAAUUUUGUGCCACAAUGGUUCUGCUGUACUUUAUAUGGCUCAUGGUGGGACCAAUUUUGGAUUUUACAAUGGUGCAAAUACUGGUCAAAAUGAAUAUGAUUACAAGCCAGACCUCACUUCUUAUGAUUAUGAUGCACCGAUUAAGGAGCAUGGAGAUGUGCAUAAUUCAAAAUACAAAGCACUGAGAAGAGUAAUACAUGAAUGCACUGGCACUCCUCUUCAUCCACUUCCUUCUGACAUUGAAAGAGCAAGUUAUGGGCUUGUGAAACUACAAAAGGUUGCUUCUUUGUUCGACAUCAUUGAUAAUAUCAGUGAUCCGCUGAAAGUAACUGUUUCAGAGCAUCCUUUGUAUAUGGAACAGAUGGGCCAGAUGUUUGGAUUUCUAUUGUACAUGUCAGAAUACCAAGGAAAACGCCCAUACAGCAUCCUAUCAAUUCCAAAGGUACAUGACAGAGCUCAGGUGUUCGUGUCUUGCUCAGUUGACAGUGUCAGAAACCCAAUAUAUGCUGGUGUAAUUGAAAGAUGGUCUAGUAAAACACUAGAAAUACCGAACUUAAGCUGUUCGUCCAACACCAGCUUAUAUAUCCUGGUAGAAAAUAUGGGUCGUGUAAAUUAUGGGCCAUAUAUUUUUGACCGGAAGGGAAUACUAUCUACUGUUCAAAUUGACGGCAUUACUCUCCAUCAUUGGAAAAUGUAUCCACUUUCAUUCAAUGCACUGGACAACCUUCCAAAACUCCAAGUAAUCACUCAGAUGCCUGAUGUUAGAGCUAGUGUCGUGUCCAUUCAUGGUGAUUCAGAGAAGAAAUUGCAGGAAUUGUCAUUCUAUUCAAAUGAAAACAUUUCAGAAGAACCUGAAUUUUAUGAAGGCCAUUUCCAUAUUGACUCUGAGAGCGAGAUAAAGGAUACAUUCAUAUCAUUUCGUGGUUGGAACAAGGGUGUUGCUUUUGUGAACAACUUCAACAUCGGAAGAUUUUGGCCGGCACGUGGACCACAGUGUGCUCUUUAUGUUCCCGCGCCAAUCCUCAGACCUGGAGACAACAUCGUUGUAAUCUUUGAACUGCAUGGUCCAAAUCCUGAGCUCACUAUCAACUUGGUAAAAGAUCCAGAUUUCACAUGUGGUUCAUAACAGUAGAAUGGUUACACGGAGUGUACGGAGCACAGUGCUGUGAAUUUGCCCGUUAUUUCUCUUGCUUGUCAACGAGUCGAUGCUGCUAUACAAAGAUGCAAAUGCCCCCCUUCUUUGAAUACCCAUCCCACCAUGAUUGCCAGUGCAAGGCUCAUUGUCUAAACCCACAUUGUAUCCAUAGACCAUUUGUAGUGAACUCAAGCUUUUGUUUUUGCCUUUUUUGGGGUGCUGACGGGUAUAAAGGAUUUUGCUGAUGUGUGAA